CCGAUCGAGCCAUUGCUACAUAUAUUCUGAUUCACGGAUUUCAAACACGCAUCGAAAUGGAGUAAUAGCGCAAAUAUAGGAAAUAUGCCAGCGGCCAGUGCUUAGUUGUUGAUAUUCUUGGGCGUGGAGCAGAAGUCCAUAAUAUAGGCGCAUAGCUACCUCAAGAUAAACGUACCACUAACUUGGGUGACGACGCCCUUUUAUAAGAAAAACAAUGUCUGCGUGUAUAACAAAAAAGUUCUACAAGUUGGACAUAAACCGAACGGAAUGGGAAAUUCCAGAAAUAUAUCAGGACCUGCAGCCCGUGGGAUCGGGAGCCUAUGGACAGGUGUCGAAGGCUCUGGUUAGGGGCACCAACAUGCAUGUGGCCAUCAAGAAACUGGCCAGGCCCUUUCAAUCCGCCGUGCAUGCCAAGAGAACAUACCGGGAGCUCAGACUUCUAAAGCAUAUGGAUCAUGAAAACGUAAUAGGUCUGCUGGAUAUAUUCCAUCCGCAUCCGUCGAUCUCCUCGCUUGAGAACUUCCAACAGGUGUACCUGGUCACUCACUUGAUGGAUGCGGAUCUGAAUAAUAUUAUAAGGAUGCAGACCCUGUCCGACGACCAUGUCCAGUUUUUGGUCUACCAGAUAUUGCGAGGACUAAAGUACAUCCACAGCGCCGGAGUAAUCCACCGUGAUCUAAAACCCUCAAAUAUUGCCGUCAACGAGGAUUGCGAGCUGCGGAUUCUAGAUUUCGGAUUGGCGCGUCCCACGGAGAACGAGAUGACGGGUUAUGUAGCCACGCGGUGGUACCGCGCACCUGAGAUUAUGCUCAACUGGAUGCACUACAACCAGACCGUGGAUAUCUGGUCGGUGGGCUGCAUUAUGGCCGAACUUAUUACCAGACGCACAUUAUUCCCUGGGACCGAUCACAUCCACCAGCUUAACUUGAUCAUGGAGAUGCUAGGCACGCCACCAGCCGACUUUAUGAAGAAGAUCUCAUCGGAGAGUGCACGUGCCUACAUCCAGUCCCUUCCGCCCAUGAAGAGAAGCAACUUUAAGAAAGUUUUCGAGAACGCUAACCCGCUAGCCAUUGACCUGCUGGAGAAGAUGCUGGAGCUGGACGCCGAGAAACGUAUAACAGCCGAGGAGGCAUUGGCCCACCCGUACUUGGAAAAGUACGCCGAGCCCAGCGACGAACAAACCUCGCCACCAUACGAUCACAGCUUCGAGGACAUGGAUCUGCCGGUAGACAAGUGGAAGGAGUUGAUCUACAAGGAGGUUACCAACUUUAAACCUCCGCCUUCGUUUGCUGAGGUACUGAAAAGUGUCAAGUGAAUAUCAAUCCAUCCAUCAAGGACAAAGUAUUAACCAGGUCAAUUUAUUUUUAUACCAAUUUACAAUUUAAACGAUGCCUUUUGUACUCAAUUGUACGAAUUCCUAUUUUUGACUAAAGUUUUUGUUUUGUACUAUUUUUUACCAAUUUGUUAUGGCUUGCCACUAAUACUAUAUUGUAUAUUUUACAAUAAAUUCGUUUUUCUAAAAACUAAGACUUUCAAUAAAUAGCGAAAUAGAA